AUGCGAACAAAGUUUUCAAGAGUUAAAAGACAAGUCGUAUCUGCGCCGGUUUUGACUAUUCCCAAUGGUUCAGAAGGUUUUGUGAUUUACAGUGAUGCAUCUAAGCUUAGUUUAGGAUGUGUUUUAAUGCAACAUGGAAAAGUGAUAGCUUAUGCUUCGAGGCAGUUGAAGCAAUACGAACAGAAUUAUCCCACGCAUGACCUUGAACUAGCAGCAGUAGUGCACGCCUUGAAGAUUUGGCGCCACUACCUAUAUGGGAGCAAGUGUGAGAUCUACACUAAUCAUAAGAGUCUCAAAUACUUCUUCACCCAAAAGGAGUUGAAUAUGAGACAACGACGGUGGUUAGAGUUAGUGAAAGAUUACGACUGCACUAUCCUAAAGAAUAUGGGACAGUUGUCAGCACUGUGUACAAGACAGGAUCAUUUAAUAAGAGAUUUUGAAAACCUGAGAAUUGAAGUAUUAACAUCACCAGUAAGGACAUCGGCAAAGUUAGCAAGUUUUACUAUGAAAUCGACACUCGGGGACAUAAUAGUAGCCACUCAGAAAGAUGAUCCAUUUUUGGAAAAGAUCAGGGUUGAUGUAGGAACUGAGAAGAGGAAGGGAUUUGAAAUAGCCGAAGACAAAGCCUUGAUGUUUAAGGGUCGAUUGUGCUUGCCAAAGGAUGAAGCAUUGAGAAAUGAAAUUAUGACUGAGGCUCACUCAACUCCUUACGCUGGCCACCUAGGUAGAACUAAAAUGUAUCGAGAUUUGCGUAAUACAUUUUGGUGGAGAAAUAUGAAAGGGAAGAUAGCUUUGUUCGUGUCCAAAUGCAUGGUUUGCCGACAGACUGACGGACAAUCUGAACGAACUAUACAAGUUCUUGAGGAUAUGUUGAGAGCUUGUGUCCUAGAUUUGAGUUGUAAAUGGGAAGAUCAUUUGCCGUUGGUUGAAUUCGCAUACAACAAUAGCUUUCAAGCCACUAUUGGCAUGGCCCCAUAUGAGGCUUUGUAUGGUAGACGAUGUCGUUCGCCGUUAUACUGGGAUGAAGUUGGUGAAAGGAAAAUUUUAGGCCCAGAAUUGGUCGAGAAGACUGUGGAGGCUAUAAAUAAAAUUAGAUCAAGAAUUAAGACUGCCCAAGAUCGACAAAAGAGUUAUGCUGACAAAAGGAGGAAAGAAUUGACUUUCGUGAUUGGAGAGAAAGUAUUUAUCAAAGUGGCACCAAUGAAAGGAAUACUACGAUUUGGAAAGAAAGGGAAGCUAAGCCCUAGAUUUAUCGGUCCAUUUGAGAUUCUUGAAAAGAUUGGGCAUGUGGCAUAUCGAUUAGCAUUGCCACCCGAGCUUUCAGUAGUGCACAACGUAUUUCACAUUUCUAUGUUGAGAAAGUACACUCCGGAUCCUAAUCAUGUGGUGAAUGUUCAAUCACUGGAUGUCCAAAGUGAUAUGACUUAUGAGGAAGCUCCUGCAGUGAUUCUGGAGAGAAAGGACCAUGUCUUGAGAAAUCGAAAAGUCCCACUAGUCAAAGUCCAGUGGAGUAAACAUGGUGAGGAUGAGGCUACUUGGGAAUGA